AUGGCACCAGCGCCACCGCCGGCAUCGGCCCCUGCUACAUCUGCGGAGAAGAGCGAGCUGUACAGCAUUGUCAGCCAGGUCGGCGAGGGCACCUUCGGCAAGGUCUACAAAGCCAUGAACAACGUGUCGAAGAAUUUGGUUGCGCUCAAGCGGAUACGCAUGGAGACGGAGCGCGACGGCUUUCCUGUCACUGCGAUGCGGGAGAUCAAGCUGCUUCAGUCGCUUAAGCACGAGAACGUCAUCCGAUUGUACGAGAUGAUGGUGUCGAAUGCCCACGUCUACAUGGUCUUCCAGUACAUGGACCACGAUUUGACUGGCAUCUUGUCCCAGCACCAGUUCAGCUUCACGGAGGCACAUCUCAAAUCGCUGUGCUACCAAAUGCUGGCGGGACUGGCCUAUCUUCAUCAUAAGGGCGUCAUCCACCGCGACAUCAAGGGCUCGAAUAUCCUAGUCAACAACCGUGGCGAGCUCAAGCUGGCGGACUUCGGAUUGGCGCGCUUCUACCACAAGCGGCGGCGUGCGGACUACACCAAUCGCGUCAUUACGCUAUGGUAUCGACCCCCGGAGCUGCUUCUUGGUGCGACUAUGUACGGGCCUGAGGUCGAUAUGUGGAGUGCGGGGUGCAUCAUGCUCGAGCUGUUCACGAAGAAGCCUGUCUUCCAGGGCGACGACGAAAUACACCAGCUGGACGUCAUCUACAAGGUGAUGGGAACGCCGACAGCAGAGCGCUGGCCUGGUGUGCACAACCUGCCGUGGUACGAGCUUGUCAAGCCGAAGGAGCCGGUACCAAACCACUUUCGUGAAUACUUCAAGAAGUGGAUGUUGCCACCUGCACUCGACCUCGCCGAGUUUCUGCUAGCGUAUGACCCGAGUGCGCGUUCCACUGCGACGCAAGCUAUGGAGGCAUCGUACUUUAAGCAAGAUCCGCAGCCCGAAUUACCUCUGUCUACGCUCGAGGGCGAGUGGCACGAGCUCGAGACUAAACGCGAGCGCGCUCGGCGGAAGAAAGAGACUCGCACGGGCACACAAUAG